CCCCCCCCCCCCAUCAUCUCUCGGUUGCUCGCUCUCUCUCCCUUCCUCGGUGUAGCCACCCUCUUCCUCCCACCCCCUCCUUCCCCAUCACACACACACACACACACACACGCUUCCCUGAUACUAUCGUCCGUUACUUCUUACAGUGAUGGAAAAAAACACCCCUGACCUUCCAUUCUCCUGUCACCGACUUAUCGUACAGUAAUACGGACAGACUGUCCAAUUUUCUUUUAUCUAAAAUUCCGGCGUUCGUUUUUUUUCCCUUGACAGUUUCUCAUACUCUAGCCUUGACCCUCAGAGAACGAGCCUGACAUUCCCAUCCCAAACUACCCAAUUCUGGAGGGAGGACGUGCCAGCCGUUGAAUCACUGCAUCUUCGACAGGGAGCCUUCAAGCAUUACAGUCCCACACUGUUACUGCCAGACGGCCCAGUGCCUGGGUGAGCAGUGCUGCCAGUUGUGUAACAGGCAGACUGGACGGGCAUGAGACACCUGUCUGUUCACCAGGGUUCAGAAACCCCUCUAUCUGUAAAGUACUUCUAAGGAGUAUUACACACCAGUAUAUGUAGCAUUGGUUAUGAAUUCAGGAGUAUUAAAUGCUAGCGUGAAGCAGUGAGCCAGUAUUUAUAAAGUAUGGGCACCUAUUUAUUUAUCAACGGAGAAUAUGCUGAUCUGCGGCUGUUGUUAUAAUAAAGAAAAACGGCUUAAAACCAUUAAGCAAUUUUUUGGGUGAAAUAUUUUUUUAUGUAUUGUCCCAAAUAUUAGUUCUAUAAAAAAUAGAUCUCCCCCAGCAGCAAUAAUGAGUUUAUGGCUGUGAAAAAUGUGUUGUUCUGUGUCUGCUUUUUCAAUCGAUUGGCCUGCCGUUUGUGGCCCCGCUGUGCCGAGCGGUAAAUCAUUUUAAAUUCACCUCCGGUUCAUUUAUAAAAGGGAACUGUCGCCAUCUUCUGGUAACUUAUAUGCAUUUGAUUGCAGAAAGGCUCGCAGUUUGUUUUUAUUAAAGGCGACAGUUAAAUGGCCAUUCUGGCUUUGCUCCCGUGUCAUCUCAUUUUCCGGACAGACCACGUGAAGUUGAAUAGAACAGCCUUGGUCAGUAUGUAGGUCUGGAACAUGUCACAAAUGAAUAAUGUAGACUGAAGCCAACCCCAGACUGUACCAAAUAAAGAAAAAUCAAGACCCCAGACAGUACCGAUAAAAGAAAAAUCAAGACCCCAGACAGUACAGAUAAAAGAAAAAUCAAGACUCCAGACUAUACCGAUAAAAGAAAAAUCAAGACCCCAGCCAGUACAGAUAAAAGAAAAAUCAAGACCCCAAACUAGACCGAUAAAAGAAAAAUCAGGACCCAAACUAGACUAAUAAAAGAUAAACUAAGACCUCAGGCUACACAGGCAGCAGUAAGGAGGACUUUUUCAACCUUUAGGCUUGGGAGAGAAGCAGAGGAGAUGGAAUCAUCAGAAAGUAUAAAUCAGCAGAAAAUGAUGUACAAGAGAAAGAUGGCUAUAGUGGUCAGGAUUCCAGGGGCUUUUGAUAAACCCAUGGAGGAGCAAGACUGUGGCAGGGAAACCAGGAAAAGGACGGGGAGAUCCAUCUCCCAGGAUGGAGCAGGAUGCACACCAACCCGACUAGCUUCCAAAGCUGAUGGAGAAAUCAAAAAGACAGUAAAGUUGGUUUGGACAAAAGGAGACCUGCUGGGAGGUGCUGACAUAGCCGGGGGGUGGCGUAGUGCCAGUGACAUGCUGUUUGUGCUGAAACCAUUUGGGGUGCAGAUCCACAGGCUGCAGCCACCACCAGCUCCCAGAAGAAAUGUUUCCAUCAAGUACCUGAGAAAGACUAGAAGGAGGGAACAGCAGGCUAAUGAGCAGGAUCAGGAGCGCAAGUACCAGGGUAGGCAGAGUCCCCCCAGGAAGGCGGCCACGGUUUGUCACCUGGACCCCAGUCAGAAUGAUCAGCUGAGGGCCUGGAUUCAUGGGAAGGACCUGCUAGCUAAAAAGGAGAGGCGUGCUAAGAGGAGCGAGAGAAGGGCUGUGAGGAGAGAGCAGAGGAGGAGAGAGCGAAAGAAAGAGGAGAGGGCAAAGGUGUCGGAGCAGAAAGUCAAAGAGUGGAUGGAAAAGAAAGGCAAGGAGGCUGCCGGUGUUGAGAAACACAAAAGAAAGCUACGAAAGGAAAGUGAGCUAAGGGAGCAGAUAUCUCACACAGCAGAACAGAUGAGAGGCGCUGUGGAUACUUCUAGAGUAGGUAAACACAAGGGUGAAGGAUUCUACCAACAACCAGCAACAAAGCGCAUGUCUAAGUUGGCUGAUGUGGUUCCCAGUCAACCAGAAAUGCAACAUGGGUAUCCGGCUGCAAAACCUCACUUUUCAGUUAGGAGAAAUCUCGUUCCCUUGGAUAAUGGAAUAGAGAGGAGACCAUCUACACUAUUGCCGGUUGGGAAACUUGAUCAAGUAGGUGUCCCUGCAGAGGAUACCAACCAUUCUGAGCUUCAGGUGGAUGUAACGCCAAGGUUGAAGCUAAGCAGGAUGGAGCGAAAUGUUACCAGUGUGGUGGGACUUAGUAAUGAUGUUAUAAAACAUAAGGCAAAUAAGGCAGGCUUGCUUUCCUUCAAGGAAUCUAGACAAGUGAAGGAAAAGGCUCCACUGAGACAAGACAGCAACAUCGUGGGAUUUCAGGGGUCUAAAAGCAUCCUGAGACUGCAGGGCAAGCGGGUGGAUGUACCACAUGCCAUCCAGUCACCUCAGGACACCAACUGCAAUCUGAGAGGUCAUUCCACCAGAGGGACUCGCAGCGAGAGGCUGCAGAAGAAGGUGGAAGUAGGGAUGGAGAGGAAGCUACGGGUGAAGAAGCCAAGGGUAGGUAAGGAAGCCAAGCUGGAUCCUCAACUCAAGCACCUUCUUCCGGGAACAUCCAGGAGGACGGAACUUGUCACACUGCAUGGGAUGACGAAGGUAGGCAGUGACAUCACAUGUCGCAACUCUGACGAAAACAUUCAUGGACGUCAGAAGACGGUAACAGCCGAGAUCACCUGGCUGGAUGAAACCAGGUCGAGAUCCUCAAAUAAACAAGAUUCGAAGAUGCAGCACGAAGAAGCAACAGCAUCACCCAAGAUCACAGGAAAGCAUGGAGCCCUUAUAGCUUCUCACUCCAUUCAGCUAAGACCAGCCGGAUCCACUGACCACUGCACCCGGGAUACUAGUGUGCAAAAGAGAGUGGGGGGGCAGUGGCCAAGAGAUUCAGGAAGGCAAGACACUGUAUGAGAGGCCAGAGCCCCAGGGUAGUGAAGCCCAAGAGCUUUCAGACUUACCUAGAUGUCUGCUCCAGAGUUUGUUCAAAAACUAUAGCAACAAGCAUGAGGACCCCAACAAGAUAUAAUCUUAUAGUGUAUAUUUAGUACAGUUAUCUAGUUUUCUUCACUGUAAAACUAUUAAAAUAAUAAAAGCUGUGUAGAAAUACUGUACUACUGUUAAUACAUUGAUAUUUUAUUCCAUGUUGUUAACAGGACAGACAUACUAUUCAAUUUUAAUUAUAUUAAUUUUUUAAAUAUAGCACCUUUCUCAACAAAAUGAGCCUAUGGCGAGACUUGCGGUAACAAGAGCGUGUGGCAAACCAUUGCUACAUCAUGUAUGUAAAACGGUGCAUGAAAAGAGGAAAG